AUGGUCACAGUAUGGAAACCAGAAAAACUGAAAAUCCGGAUAUGCAUGGACCCCAAGGACUUGAAUGCCGCUAUUGAAAGGGAACACUACCCCAUGAGGACGAUCGAAGAAGUGAUGGCUCGGAAGGCUGGAGCAAAAGUGUUCAGCACACUAGAUGCUCAAUGUGGAUACUGGCAGGUCAAGACAAUUCUGGAGGAAAUAGGCCUGCAGGGGAAGCCUGAGGACGGCCACGACAGUUGCCCUCCUUGCCUCGGUCUCGAGCAUCUGAGGGAGAGCCUCACGGACAGCGCCUGCAUGAACUGCAGCCUCCUGCCUUGGGUGCUCAGAGUGGCUAGGCUAGCAGAGCUGGAGAAUCGGGCAACAGCCAGCGACCCCUCUGCUUUAAUGAUCCUCCCUCCCAAUCAGCCCGGUCGUUCGGGACGGCGGCGGCAUGAUGGGGCUGCGGCUAUGGGUGCCCCCCCCAAAAAGAAGGCAAGGGGCGGGCUUGCUGCUAGGGUGGACGGAUUGGCGUCCGACAUGGAGCAAAUCCGGUCCCUCCUCCUGGCCCUUCAGCCUGGGACUGGUCAGGGGCUGGCGGGGCUACAGCCCGGCCCUCCCUCCUCCCAUUUUGAAGGCGAUGUCCUCUCUCUGGCGGCUUCGGCUAACCUCUUUGAUGAGGCUAUGACCGAGGGCGAUGCCUCCCACACGUUGGAUGAGGCCUCCUGCUCCUCGGCACAAGGCUCUCGGCAGGGGGCAGCAGACACCUCCAUGGCGGCCGUCCUGCGGACCGCUCUGGCUCGCCUGCAGCUUGACGCGGCGCAGACGGAGUCAGCCCAGGCCAGCGCCUUCUUCAGGCGCAACCCUGUCCCGGCCACAUUCUCUGUCCCUCCUUCAGAGGAGUAUCUGAAGGAGCUCCAUGCUUGCUGGAGGGACACUAGGGCCCUAUCCCACUCGACGUCGGAUGCCUGGACCUUGGCUGCCAUGCAGAAUGCGGCACAGGUUGGGCUGGGCCGCAUGCCAGCAGUCGAGCCUGCCAUCGCCUCCCUAAUUCUGGCUCCUGAUGAGGCUCUGAGGCCAAAUGCCAGGUGCCCUCGGCCACAGUGCAGGGUCACAGACGACCUCCUGUCAAAGGCCUACGACGCAGCGGCGCGCAUGGGUCGUAUUGGGAACUCCCUUUCCCACCUGCUGCUGGGUCUUUCGACCUCUCUGCAGCAGGCCCAGGCCGAGCCGUCGCUGCAGAGUCUGAGUGACGCCUCAUUGCAGGCUUUUGCCCUCAUGUCGAGGGAGUUAGGGCGCACUAUGUCCACCCUCGUGCAGACUCGCCGCCAGUCCCCCAGCAGCGUUUUCAGCCACCUGGUUAUUCCGGUGGCCUACGUAGGUCUCAGCGGGCUGCACAACAGCCAGCGGAUGGCUUUCGGCCCCCCGAACGCCUACCUUCCUGGCAGCUCCCAGCUCAGUUACUGGGCUGCCUGUUCUUCAGACCCUUGGGUGGUUUCCACCUUGACCCAAGGGUACGAGUUACAGUUCCGACGCCGGCCCCUAGCCUUCAGUCGGGUCAAAAUGACUGUCGUCAACGACCCGGCAGAGGCCUUAGCUCUGGACCAGGAGUUGUCCACCCUCCUGGCCAAAGGGGCAAUCGAGCCAGUGGAUCCUCUGCUGCACCCCAGAGGAUUCUACUCGAGAUACUUUCUAGUAAAAAAGAAAGAUGGCAGAUUUCGCCCAAUUCUCGACCUGAGGGGACUCAACAGGUUCCUGAAGGUCCUGCCAUUCCACAUGCUCACCGCAUCCGACACGCUGCGGGUGGUCGCAAGGGGAGAAUGGUUCACCACGGUGGACCUAAGGGACGCAUACUUCCACGUCCCAAUUGCACCGCGCCAUCGGCACUUCCUCCGGUUCGCCUUUCGCGGCCGGCACUUUCAAUUCAGGGUACUUCCCUUUGGUCUCUCCCUCUCUCCGAGGGUAUUCACCAGGGUGGUGGCGGCAGCUCUCGCACCCCUGCAGGAGCAGGGCAUGAAGGUCCUGCCUUAUUUGGACGACUGGCUGAUCUGUGCACCUUCCCAGUCUCAGGCGGCCCGGGACACGGCUCGGCUGCUCUUGCACGUGGCCCGGCUUGGCCUGACGGUGAACUUUGUGAAGAGUCGCCUGGACCCAUCCCAACGGGUCGCAUACCUGGGGAUGGUCCUAGACUCGGAUGCUAUGAGGGCCUACCUGUCACCUCAGCGUGUGACCGACAUCCUCCUCUGCCUCCCCCGUUUCGGGUAUGGCAGGAUGGUACCAUUCAUUCUUUGCCUGCAGCUCUUGGGCAAGCUGAGAGCUGCCUCAGCUGUGGUGCCCCUCGGCUUGCUGUCUCUGCGCCCUAUGCAGAUGUGGCUGAACAGCCUCCACUUGGACCCCAAGUGGCACAGGCACCGAAAGGUCAGAGUGUCUCGGCAGUGCCUCUUCUCUCUGUCCCCAUGGAGGAAGAGGUCGUAUAUGUCUGUGGGUGUACCCAUGGGCACCAUUCCAUCCCGUCGGGAGCUGGUCACGACAGACGCCUGCCUAUCGGGAUGGGGCGCGGUUUGGCAGGGCAGGACUGCCCAAGGGCAGUGGCCGGCCCAGAACCACGCUCACAUCAAUGUGCUCGAGCUCAGGGUGGUACAGCUAGCACUCAAUCAUUUUCUGCCUCAUUUGAGAGGCAAGCAUGUGCUGGUUCGAUCCGACAACAUGUCAGCUGUUGCUCAGAUCAACCACCAAGGGCGGACCCGGUCUUCACGGCUACUCCGGGUAUCUCGGAACUUGUUGGCCUGGGCAUAUCCCCGCCUGGCCAGCGUGCGGGCGGUCUUCAUACCGGGGCAACGGAACCAGGUCGCAGAUUUUCUAUCGCGGCAGAAGCCCCCACCGGGGGAGUGGCGGCUUCAUCCGGAGGUGGUGGAGACGAUGUGGGGUCUCUUUGGCAGGGUGGAGGUGGACCUCUUUACAUCAGAGGAAUCCGCACAUUGCCCCCUCUGGUUCUCCUGGACGGAGGUGACCGGCCCCCUCGGACAGGAUGCCUUAGCUCACGACUGGCCACAGAGUCCUCUGUAUGCCUUCCCACCGCUGCCCCUGAUCCUCCCCACACUUCAGAGGGUGUUUCUGCGGGGCCACAGGUUACUUCUGGUGGCCCCCUACUGGCCAGGGAGACUCUGGUUUCCACUGCUGCGCAGGCUCUGCUGCAGCUCUCCAUGGCGCCUCCCCUGCAGGAAGGACCUCCUUUCACAGCUGGGGGGCCAGAUUUGGCACCCAGAUCCCCGUCGCCUCCAGCUCUGGGCCUGGCCGCUGCAGGGCCCGACUCACUGCUGAAUGUUUGCACUGAGACCGUCAGGAACACUA